CCGCCGCGCAUCUUGAGGAGCAGUCAGGUUUACGGUCUGUCAUUGUCCCUUCUCACGAUCCUUCAGCCUCGCCAAAAGCUGACCACCAGCUCCCUCGCCCUCAACCUCCACGGAAAACACCCCCAUCGUAAGCUCACAGCGGAAAAUCCUCAAGGCAUUGAAAAACCAGCAGGGCUAACUCUACCAGCUUCCUUCUCCCCAAACCCCACCGCCCCCAGUCCUCGAAAAUGGCCGACGUGGAAAUGGAAAUCGACAACCCCCCCUCCCCCUCCGCCGCCGAGGGAGGAGCCGGCGGCAGCGGCGCCGCCCCGGCGCGUAACGAGUCCGAGAUGCAGACCCACGGCCGCGCGACCGCCGUCCGCUCCAUCGAGGGCUGGAUCAUCAUGGUCACAAACGUCCACGAGGAGGCCGACGAGGAGUCCAUCCAGGACAUGUUUGGCGAGUACGGCGAGAUCAAGAACCUGCACCUCAACCUCGACCGGAGAAGCGGUUACGUCAAGGGCUACGCCCUCAUCGAAUACGCAACCCUCGCCGAAGCCCGCGCCGCCAUCGACGGCGCCCACGAGGCGAAACUCCUCGAACAGACCGUCUACGUCGACUUCGCCUUUGUCCGGCCCCCGCCCGGCGGCAAGGGCGGCAACAACAACCAGAACAACAUCCGCGGCGGCGCGAGAGCCCAGAACCGCGGUCGCGGACGCAGUCGCAGCCGUAGCGUCGAGAGGGAGGUCGUUGCUGCCAAGGACGGCGAUGACAUUGAAUGAGAUUUUUUUCCCCUUCGAAACGCUAGAAGAAGCAACAAAAAGAAGGACGGCAAAGGGCCAGCGCAAAGUAUGAGGGGGUGACGAGGUCUCGAGGUCUCGAGGUCCCGGUGCUGGCAGACAAGUGCGGGGGGCAGAGUCUGGGACGAUAUUUUACGCCACAUAUCGGAAUCUCCUAAGCGAAAAAAGAGGAUGGGAUGAGGACUAAAAAAGAAGGAAAAAAGAAGGCCUCGAUAGGGUGUUGGCCUUUGCCGAUGUGUCGCGACCAAGCUCAAGACAAGCCAGCUGGUUCGUAGAAAAAGCACAUCGGCAUGCGUGAUUCAGUCUGAAAAGGUUGGUUGCUUCUUCUUCCCCCUUUUCUAUUGCCCCCCUUGUCGUCGUCCAAUACUGACUGAUUUGUGAAGGCUGCAACUAGAAAUCAAAAGUUUGACAUGACCGCAUUCUCCUGCAAUUUUGAGAUACCAGCGAGGAGGGCCUGCGCACUCCAUCGGGCCAUCAUACACCAAAACGCCAACCAUGCUGAGAGAUGAAAACGAUGUAUCACUUCACGUCCAGUAAUAUAGGAGUCAUAAUCGUCAUUACUAACGUAAAAGGCCACCCGGCCUAGAGGUAUCGAAGAAAGAGCUGAUCCCCCCGAGCACACGAGAGGGAGGCUAGCAAUCCAAAAAAAAAAAAAACUUUUUUGAUCCUCGUUUGCAAUCCUACUCCGUCGCAAUGCCCAUAUGUCAUGCUUCGAACAAAUAAUGUGCCUAAAGAAAAAGGGAAAAAAAGACACCUCACCCUCAUUCAUUCUCAUUAACUCUCAUUCCAUCGUUGCGCGUUUCACUCCCUUCACCGACCCUGCCUCACACUCUGCAUCUCAUGCCUGGCCGGCGAGUCGAAUCUUCCCGACGACCCGUGAGUACGGGCCGAGUCAUAACCUCCAGGCGACUCGUACCUCGCGUUCUUGGGCGGCGCAUCGUAGAUAGGCUCCCGUCCGGCGGAAGGUGCUACUGAAGACUGCCUGGCGGACCCUUGCUUGAGUGAGCCCUGCUUGAUAGAUCCUUGUUUGACAGAUCCCUCGAAUUGCUCCUCUGACGCCGGCCCUUGAGGCUGCACGGCGCCAGCAUCCUUCUUC